AUGGGUAGUAAUAUAUUGUUUCAGACACCAAACAUCGCACCCAACACUCAAGAAGCUUCAGUUUCUGAAUCCAACGAUGAAGAGUUCACUGUACCACGUACAACUUCAAGAAAUAAAAGGAAAUUAAAAGAUCCGCUCCUUAGAGCAGUUGAUGCAUUAGAAAAAGUUUCAUCGCAGCAUUUUUCAAAUAACUCAGGUGAUGAUGAAUUUGACCUUUUCGGACGCACUAUAGCUCAGCAGUUACGGCAGCUUCCAUUAGAAGCUGCCCUAGAGACCGAAGAAGUAAUAUUGGCUACUAUAAGACAGCAACGUAUAAAGCUAUUAAAACAGACAUCAUUAUCACUAAGAGGUACAUCAUCAUCAAUGUCGGAUUGUAUGAAGUCUAACAGAACUAUUACCAUUACUAUACCAGAGAAUCAGCAAGUCGCACAAUCCUCAUCAGAAUCAGAGUCAAUUGCUGCUACUAGUACUGCUACGAAUAAUGAUGCAGAAGACGAGUAUUACACAUACAAUGAGGACAUACUUUCGCAAGCUGUUGCAAGCGUAUCAGGUUCUCAUUUGGAUAGAGAAUUAAAUUUUGAUAAUUAUUAA